AUGCAUAAAUCGAAUGAAGAUUGUUUUUAUUUUCUUACAUCAUCUUGCACAAAAGGUUCAUCAUGUACAUAUCGACAUAGUCCAUUAGCUGUAGCAUGUAACGUUAUUUGUCCAUCUUGGUCACGUGGAAAUUGUCCUGAUCCUGCUUGUCCAUAUCGUCAUAGUCGUGCUCAACGUCCGAUGGUUAAUAAUGGUAUAUUAUGUUUUUAUGAAAAUACACCGACGGGUUGUCUUAAACUUGAUUGUACAUUUAUUCAUUCACGCCCACGAAUGAAUUUGCUAAAUACAUCAACAAUUCGACCUGUAACAACAAAUUUUGUUCGUAAAGAUGUAACUAAAUCCCUUAUCACAAAUAUUCCUUCUACGGAUAUACCAGAAGCAAAGCUUAUUACUAAUUCUUCUCAGUCAACUAUCAAUGAGCCACAGUCAAUAAUACUCAAUACGCCACUUGAAUCUUCGUCUACUUCUGUUAUGACUCCACCAUCAACAGUUAAAAAUGAAAUUAUAAUACGUCGUGUUGCAAUUCCAUCAGUUGGUGAAUCAUCAAAUGAAAUAAAAGAUUCAUCCGAUAAUAAUAGUAAUCAUAGCAUGAUCAAAUGUACUACUCGUAGUGUAAUUACAGAUUCUGCCAAAGAAGCUCAAGAAGAAAUAACAACAAGUCAAUCUCGAUUAAUUGUAAAUCGAAAUGUUGUUUUAACAGAACCAUCUAAUAUUUCAACUCGAAAAGUUGUUCAAACAAAGCCUUCACCGUCAUCAUCAUCGAAUCGUGUUGUUGUUUCAGCGGAUACUGUUAAGUCACCGUCAAAAGGAAAAAAGAAUGAUGCAGAUUGCAGUGAACAAGAAAACAAAACAAAAAGAUUCAAACAAGAUUCUCAAUCGAUGAUUAAUAUUUCAUUUCCAUGUUCAACACCAACGAUUAUUAGUCGUGUAUCAUUGAUACCAGCAAAAGAAUCAACAUCAACCAACGAUAAGAAACCAGUUCGAUUAAACCGUGAUCGAUUGCCCGCAACAAAUGGAAAUUCAUCUACUUCUACAUCUAAACAAUCCAAUGAAGAAAAAUUAUCUGCGGGAACUGAAUUAUCACAAGAACAAGAACGACGAACAAUGCGCCUUGAACGUUUCCAGAAAAAAACAACUUCUCCGCCUCGAUCAACCAUUUCAUCAUCAUCAUCUUCUUCUUCUUCACUGACAAAUACCAGUGAUAAAUCAAGUAAUUCGUCUAAUACACGAAAUGUUAUUACAGCACCUUCCAACGAACGUAAACGUACUGCAUCUGAGACAACAAUGAAAGAUACACCACCAACCAAACGUACUACUGUUUCAUCAGCACAAGCUCAAUCUUCUCCUCGUCAAACAAAUUCAUCUCCCAAUGUGUUGACACAUUCACGAUCAUCAUCAGUUCGUGAUAAAAAUCGAGACAAACAAACCGACAAUCGUAUUACUAAAAAUGUUCAACAAAAAAAUUCUUCACCUCAAUCUGAAUCAGUAGUCUCUUCUACUACACGUCCACGUUUUAUUCCACAACCAAUUCUUCCUCCUUCAUCACAUCAAUCUCGACAAGCACCUUCAGUUGCUAUUAAACGACCUCCAGUUCCAGUAACGACGACAACUUCUCAAAAAUCGUCGGAGCCAAUUCAACAAAUAUCUCAAAAUCAUGUUGUACCUUUAAACUCUACAGUAGAAAAUAAAAUAUCAAAUACAAUCAAUGAAGAAGAUGAAAAGCAAUUAUUAAUAACUACAGAUUCUUCUGAUGUUGUUGAUACAUUUGCAUUAAUUGAUGAAGCAUUAUUGGAAGCUGAUCAUCUUCUUGAACUUAUGUAA